AAUGGAAGGCAUGAGUACAGUGAAUAGAGAACUGACUAUUAGACCAGCUGCCAAAGAUCUGGCCAAACGGAAAAAGGUAACCAUUAGUUCAACAUUUGGAAGGUCAACAAAUGAAAAAGGUAUUUCUUUUGCUGUUGAUGGCCUAGAAGACACAUGUUUAAUCAUUAAAAGUUCAAAGGCUGAUGACUUUCCUUGGAUGACAGUUAACUUAGGAAAUAUCUAUAACGUCACACACGUUUAUAUAUAUUCAGGAGAAAACACUCCAUUGAAUUCCGUUUCUGUUGGAAGGACGACAGCGGAAUUUCCUAAAAUAACUGAACUAAGAAAUCCAAUGAAUAAGAGUGACAUAUGUUUUCCCGUACCAGUUUCCGACUUUUCAAUCACUGAUCAAAUUUGCAGUAAACCUUUAAGAACUAAAUUUAUUUCACUGUUCUCAAAAUUUGCCACUGAACUAAGGGUUUGCCAAUUUAGCGUUUUUGAUGACCCAUUAGAGCCUUGA